AUGCUCUCCCGCCGCGAGCUCUCAAUGUACUCCCCCUCCAACUCCAACAAUCCUCCUCGCCGCCGGCCCGCAACACCAACCACCAGCCCCCGUCCAACCCGCCGACCCCCCAUCUCCCUCGAAGCCCUCUACGCCAGGAGCAAAGACGAACAAGACUUGGCCAGGAUCGGCCGCGUGCAGACGCAGUUCCGCAACGCCGAGCCUAUCGCCACGGACAAAGAGUCGCAACCCACGCCGCUCGCUUAUGACUUUGAUCCUCGCGUGAAGCGCGCUCGCGAUCACCGCGUGAAGAAGAUUCGGGAUCUGAAACCGAGGGAGAGUGGGUUUGCGCCAGAGGUGAAGAAGCAGGUGGCGAGGUUUGCGAGGGAGCGGGUGAGAAGGGAGGAGGAGGAGGUUCGGUUGCAUAGUGGUGGAUACGACGCUGAUGACGAGGAGGGGGAGUGGGAGUGGGAGGAUGCUGCUGCUGCUGAGGAUGAGGAUACAUUGUUUGUAUGUGCUGACGAGGGUGUUGGUGCCGUUGACCAGCAGCAGGGUGAGAGCUAUGACAACGGCAUGGCUGGCGAGGACGACAACAAGGGCAACGACAACAGCAACGCAUAUCACGGCGCGUACACGAUCCUCCCACAGGCGCCGAUUACGCCCACCAAGGCUCAGAUCCGACGCAAUCCCAAACCCGUCAAGUCUGCCAUCACCGUCGAAAUCGAGCGUCUCGCCGCCGAAGCCGAGGCAUCACUUACGCAAAUGAGGUCCAAGCAAGCCGCGUUCACCAAUCGCCUGACCCGCAGCCGCAACCGCAUCCGCACCAACCGCCAAAAGAAGAUGCUGGUUGAUCAGAAGGACCGCGAGGAAAUCGAUGCCGAGAACAAACGCAAAGAGAUCCAGCGCAAGGUCGCGAGUGGCCGCGUCGUCAAGUUGCCGGCGAAGAAGAAGAAGAAGGUGGCGUUGGCGAUGCUGCCGACGACGCAAAAGGGGAAUAGGAAAUGGAGUGGAUCUUCUCUUGGAUAUGACGAUGUUGGUGCUGCUGCUGCUGCUGGUUUGCAAGGUUUGGAGGCCGUGCUUGGUCCCAUCAACGAUGAUGAAGAUCAAGAGGUGACCAGUCUUGAAACCACCACGGCUCAGAGUGCUUUCAAGUCUGCUGUUGCUGUUGCAGCUCAAGACAACGUGGGCGAUGGAGCCAGCGAAGACGACGACAACGAUGGUGAUGAUGACAACGAAGACGACGACAUCCCCAUGCUCAGCAACCGCCGCGCCACCGCUGCCAAGCGCAGAGCGGCGCAGCUCGCGAUGGCGAUCCACCAAGAUGAGGACGCGAAGACGACUGCUGCGGGCGAGCUGGGGCUAGAUGCCGAUGGUGAUGAAGACGAUGAGACCCGUGCGGAGAUGCCUGCGCCAACGACUGUUCCAGGUCCUGUGACGCCGAGUCCUGGUCGGCGCGAGCGGUACGUGGCCAGCUGGUUCCAGAAGGCUUUUGAGGAUGAAGGGGAGGAGUGGUGA